UCCUCCACACCCCCAGUGCCCCCCUUGUCCUGGGACCCACAGAUUCUGUCCACUGAUUCUGGCUCCCAGUCCUCCCAGUGCUUCUGGCUCCCCAUUCUCCUGGUGCCCAGUGUUUCCAGUACCCCGAGUUCUCAGUGCCCAGUGACAGGAGCUCAGCUCCAGCAUCAGGACCACAGCUGCUGGUACUACACACCAGUCUUGGGACCCCAGCCACACCAUUGACCCCAGGCCCCCUUGUGCAGCCCAGGACUACCUCCCAGCCCCAGCCUGGCCCCGUCUCCGUUGCCAGCCCCACUGAGCUGGUAACCAGAGCUCCGAUAGCAGCUGCAGCUGAGGUGACACCAUCAAUAAUUGAGUGGCAGCAGGGCUCCACACAGGACUGCCUGCCUCUGCCUGCCUGGAGUGUGGGGACAGGUAGGUGCUACCCCCAUUGCCCUAUCCUGUCGCUGUGGCUGGGCACCUCCAGCAGCUCAGGGUGUGGGGAGCAGGGUAUGGGGGGUGGGAGCAGCAAAGCUGGACCAAGGGGGGUGGAAGGGGUUGUGUACAAGGCCCCUCACUGCAGCACAAUCCCCUGGGAUGUCAGCCAUGCCGACCCCAAUAUCUGGACCCUGGCAGAUGGGUCCCCAGAACUCCCCAGCCCUGGCACAGGGACCUCCACAGCAUCCUGGGGUGCCCCAGGCCUGCAGGCCCAGCAGCACUGGAGCCAGGGAGAGGUACUUCCAGCCAACUCGUGCCAUGAAUAGGAGCUGGCACCCUGGGAGGAUGCCCUACCACAGCAUCCCCUGUGAGGGGAUAGAUUUGCCUCAUUAUGGUUUAGGACUCACAUGCUUCAACAAUAUCUGCACAGGGGAGAUUUUCAAAGCCUGGGCCCAAGGUUAUGCUACUGAUAGACACAAAGGGUGCAGAAGUUCCCAUUUGGCAGAACUCCCAAGAUAAGUAGGAAACUAACCAAGUCAACUCAGCAACUGUACAAAAAUCACAGCCUCUCUCGCUUGUGAUGGUGUCUCCGGCGAUUGCCCUGGCCUUCCUCCCCUUCAUUGUCACCCUGCUGAUCCGGUACCGGCACUACCUGCUGCUGCUGUACCGGGCAGUGCUGGUGGCCUGGCUGCGGGACCGGCUCACCGGCACCUCGCGGGAGCAGCGUGCCUUCCAGUACGUGCUGGCCCACGCCAUCCCUGGGGACCCCCACCACAUCCUCCAGACCUUCGACCAGUGGUGCUACCACUGUGAGCACCUCAGCUGUGUGGGGCCUGACAAAGGGCGGAUCGUGGAGCGGGUGCUGUUGGAGCGGGCACCACUGCGGGUGCUGGAGCUGGGCACGUACUGUGGCUAUGGCACCGUGCUGCUGGCACAGGGGCUGCCCCCAGGUGCCCGUCUCUACACCAUCGAGGGGGACCCCCGGCACGCCGCCGUGGCCGAGAAGGUCAUCCGCCUGGCUGGCUUCAGUGAGCAGACGGUGGAGCUGAUCGUGGGUCCCUCGGAGGAGGUGAUACCCCGCCUGCGGGAGAAGCACGGCCUGACGAAUGCCAACUUGGUCUUCAUGGAUCACUGCAAACGCUGCUACCUGCGGGACCUACGGCUGCUGGAGAGCCACCAGCUGCUGGCUGAGGGGGCCACCAUCCUGGCUGAUAAUGUCCUCUUCCCUGGGGCACCCCACUUCCUGCAGUACGCCAAGACCCCUGGGGCACCCCACUUCCUGCAGUACGCCAAGACCUGCGGCAGGUAUCACAGCAAGGUGCACCGCGCCAGCCUGGAGUACUUCCGCGCCAUUCCUGAUGGGAUCGCCGAGCUGCGCUACACUGGCACCCACUGAGUGAGCAAGGGGCUCCUGCCUUGUGGUGGCCACGGUUACCAGCAGGGUGCCGGGUCCCCAACCCCCAUCUCAGCCUCAACAUGGGCUCUGGAGGAAA